AAUGCCUUUGUUGAGUAGACGACGAGGGAUUAUUACUUCCCAUUGUAAUUGUGAGUAUGGGGAACGCUGUAGGAAAAUAUCGACGAAAAAAAGAGGAAGCUAAUCAAUGGGAGAAAUUCAUAGAAGAGACAUUUGAAGAACAAGCAAAUUUGAUCAAUGGACUGAGGGAAGCGACCGACAAACAAGCUCAAGUGAAUACCGCACUGCAGAAUAAGACAAAAACGCUUACAGAGCAAUUGAACCAGGCAGAGGAACAGCUCAGUCAAGCAAAGGGAGACGUCGAGUCUAAAGCACGUCGGAUUACUGUGCUAGAGAAACAGCUGGGGUGUAUGGAGAGUCGAGUGUCGCUCAUGAAUCAUGCCCAGCGGCAAACACUGCAGGCUAUGCAUAUUAUGACGUCACGACUUGAUAGCGAGGCGGAGCAGCGACAGCACCUUAGUGACAUCGUCAUGUCAUUCAAAGACUUUUGUGAUCACGUGAUUACCAAACUUGAGAGCGUCUCCAGUGAUGUCUGCGGUCUUGACAGGGAGGUCAGCGGGCUUGAGGGAAAGAUGCAGUUCUCUUUGACGGACGAAGACCGAAUGCUUGUCAAGUCUAUCUUAGGCGAGGUAGUGCAUACGCAGAAACAAGAGGAAGAUCUGAUAGUUGUAGCCGAGAGAAUUGCAGAGGAAGCCAUUCUCAAUAAGAAAAUUAAUGAUAAAGUUGCUCUAUUUGACUAAUGACUUCGCCAUCACUUCACCAAUCGACACAAAAGUAAAUAAAAAUAUAUUUAUAAUAGAUAAAUCCACAUAUCCAUAUAUCCAGUUAAACAUAUAAUUAUCGCAUAAAUUAUAUUAAGAAUUCAUCAAAUAAUCUGUGAAUGAAAUUGUAAAAAAUAUGACAUUCUGAUGGAAAUUACUGUUUUGAACAAUCAGACACUGGGUUGUGAGUUUUUUUGUACACUAUUAUUACUGAACAGUAUUUUAAUGUACAAUAUUUUAAUGUAAAUUUUAUGUGUUACCGAAUAUAUCAUUGUUUGACUGGAUUGUGUCAAGGUCA